AUGGCACGAAGGGCCUUGAAACUUGCCACGUUGGCGGCAGCCACUUCUGGCAUCUAUCUGUAUGGCAACAAGUUCCUGGAUCCCAAUGAUUUUGGAGUUGUUCGUGUGGGCCGAGCCAUUGCCACAACGGCAGUUAUCACCUAUGACUACCUCACCUCCCUUCGGAGUGUCCCAUACGGAUCAGAGGAGUAUGACUUCCUCAAAUCACAGGUGCACCUGCGCUCUGCUGAGCGUCUCCGGGAGCUGUGCUGCGCCAACCGAGGCACCUUCAUCAAGGUGGGACAGCACCUGGGAGCGCUUGACUACCUGCUGCCUGAGGAGUACACCCGCACCCUCAAAGUGCUGCACAGCCAGGCCCCACAAAGCACCAGGCAGGAGAUUGAGCAAGUCAUCCGCGAGGAUCUGGGCAAAGAGAUAAAAGAGCUCUUCCUGAGUUUUGAGGACACUCCCUUGGGAGCAGCAUCACUAGCCCAGGUGCACAAGGCAGUGCUGCAGGAUGGGAGAACGGUGGCAGUGAAAAUCCAGCACCCAAAGGUCCAAGCUCAGAGCUCCAAGGAUAUUUUGCUUAUGGAGGUUCUCCUCUUGGUUGUGAAGCAGAUCUUUCCAGAUUUUGAGUUCAUGUGGCUGGUGGAAGAAGCUAAGAAGAAUCUGCCCUUGGAGCUGGAUUUCCUCAAUGAGGGCAGAAAUGCUGAGAAGGUUGCUCAUAUGCUCAAGAACUUUGACUUCCUGAAGGUCCCCAGGAUCUACUGGGAGCUCUCAACAAGGCGCGUCCUUCUCAUGGAGUUUAUGGAAGGGGGACAGGUGAACGACAGUGCCUACAUGGAGAGGAAUGGCAUCAAUGUCAAUGAGAUCUCUCGCAACCUGGGGAAGCUCUACAGCGAAAUGAUCUUUGUGAACGGCUUUGUGCACUGUGACCCGCACCCAGGCAAUGUGCUAGUGAAGAAAUGCCCAGCCUCUGGCAAGGCCCACAUUAUCCUCCUGGACCACGGGCUUUACCAGGUGCUGAGCGAUUCAUUCCGCAUGGACUACUGCUGCCUUUGGCAGGCCCUCAUCAAGGCCGAUAUGAAGAGGGUGCAGAAGUACAGCCAGCGGCUCGGGGCAGGGGAUUUGUACCCUCUCUUUGCCUGCAUGCUGACCGCCAGGUCCUGGGAGUCUGUCAACAGGGGCAUUGACCGGUCGCCUGUCUCAGCCAGCGAGGAUGUGGAGAUCCGGUCCAACGCGGCUGCUUACCUACCCCAGAUCACCCAGCUCCUCAACAAUGUCCCCCGCCAGAUGCUGCUGCUGCUGAAGACCAAUGACUUGUUAAGGGGGAUUGAGUCAGCCCUGCACACGCGGGCCAGUGCCAGUUCCUUCCUCAACAUGUCUCGCUGCUGCAUCAGAGCUGUUUCCACGUACCAAAGGAGCAAGAGUCACUCGCUUUGCAGGAGGGCCCAGAUCUCACUCUCAGAAGCCCUGAGCCUGUGGCAGAUCAACUUGUACGAACUCUUUCUGUGGCUGAAGGGGUCCCAGCUGGGAAACUGGGUCAUUGCUCUCCUGAGCCGGAUGCACCAUUCCACGUACUGACAUGAACUGGUGGGAGAGGCCUGGGUGCUCCCUCCCUCCCUUCUGCUCUCCAUGGCACAUUUGCCUUUCUGACUGUUUCUGUCUAUUCUGUGGGCUAUUUUGGGGUCUUGUUCCACGUUACAUGCUGCACUGUCCUUGCCUGUUACAGCAUUAGCUUUCUCUGUGGCAUGGAGAGGUGGUGUGGGUACCAGAGCUCUGCUGUUUCAUGGUUUAGGAAAAGGAGGUGCGUGAUACUGUGUGUCAGGAAGGGCAGGGUACUUUCUUUCCCCAUCUGAGCAGGCAAAAUUCCACUCAGGUUCCAGUGGAAGCAAAAGCCUCUCCUUGGCUCUUUCUUAAACAAUCUUACAGAAUUUAAGAGAAUCCCA